AUGUCGUGGAACCUGACCAAAAAGCUCAAAGAAACCCAUCUGGGCUUCUCAAAGUCUUCAUCGCCCUCCGGCAGAGACAAGACCAAAGACAAGAGCGGCACUUCGACCCCGUCUGACGUCAAUAGUAUCUCCGAUGCGAACGGCGCCAAAGGCCUCACACAGGCGCCCGUCGUCAAGCCACCGAAACCUGGCAUCCUCGUCCUUACCCUUUUCGAAGCCCGCGGCCUCUCUCUCCCCGAGGAAUAUCAAGAUGUCUUAGCCGCAGGCCACCCGACUGGCACCCACUCUGCUGGAGAUGCGCUGAGCUCUGUCCGCCAGAGUGCAUCUGCCAGACCGCAGUCAACCGGAUCGGGAUUCAAAGGCAUUCCGACCAACCAUGGCCGUGUGUCGACCAAAUACAUGCCGUAUGCGCUGGUGGAUUUUGACAAGAACCAAGUUUUCAUCAACUCUGUUGAUGGCAACCCCGAGAACCCUGUUUGGGCUGGUUCCAACACCCAGUACAAAUUUGACGUGUCGCGUGUUGGCGAGUUGACGGUCUCGCUCUUUAUGAGAAACCCAGCCGCGGCUGGUAGAUCCCAAGACAUCUUUCUGGGAUCCGUUCGCGUCAAUCCCAGAUUCGAGACUGCGUCUGAAGCAUCAGGCAAAAAGGGUGAACGCCCACAGUCUCAGGGUUACAGCGGGCAGGGCUGGUUUGAACUACAGAAUGGAACAGGCAAGCUCCAAAUUGGCGUUGAUUUUGUUGAAAAUCGCGUCGGCAAGCUCACGAUUGAUGACUUUCACCUUCUCACGCUUGUUGGCAAGGGCAGUUUUGGAAAGGUGAUGCAGGUUCAGAAAAAGGAUACCGGCCGCAUCUACGCCAUCAAGACCAUUCGAAAGGCCAAAAUCAUUUCGCGUUCCGAAGUUACGCACACACUCGCCGAACGCUCCGUCCUUGCUCAGAUCAACAACCCCUUCAUCGUCCCGUUAAAGUUUAGUUUCCAGUCCCCGGAAAAGCUCUACUUUGUGUUGGCGUUUGUGAAUGGCGGAGAGCUGUUCUUCCAUCUUUCAAAGGAAGGGCGCUUUGAUAUCAACCGCUCUCGAUUCUAUACUGCCGAGCUACUCUGUGCUCUCGAAUGUCUGCACGGGUUCAACGUCGUCUAUCGGGAUCUGAAGCCCGAGAAUAUUCUUCUUGACUACCAGGGCCACAUUGCUCUCUGUGACUUUGGGCUGUGUAAGCUCGAGAUGAAGGACGAGGAUUCUACAAACACGUUUGUCGGCACUCCCGAGUAUCUGGCGCCCGAAUUGUUGAAGGGAGAAGGCUAUGGUAAAACAGUAGACUGGUGGACACUCGGCGUGCUACUUUACGAAAUGCUGACGGGUCUGCCGCCUUUCUAUGACGAGAACACCAACGAAAUGUAUCGCAAAAUCUUGACGGCCCCCUUGAACUUCCCCGGCUACGACGUUGUGCCUCCGGCGGCGAGGGACCUGCUAACCAAGCUUCUGGAUCGAGACCCGACCAAGAGACUGGGAGUCAAUGGGUCCACUGAGAUCAAGUCGCACCCCUUUUUCCACGGCAUUGACUGGAAGAAGCUCCUGCAGCGCAAAUAUGAACCAACAUUCAAGCCCCACGUGGCCAAUGCACUCGACACAAUCAACUUUGAUAAGCAGUUUACCGACGAACCCGCCCAAGACUCGCUCCCCGACGAUUUUGUGCUUUCCAAGACGAUGCAGGAUCAGUUUGUCAACUUUAGCUACAACAGGCCCGUCGCGGGAUUAGACGACGCAGGCGGCAGUAUCAAGGACCCCUCUUUCUUGGAUGCUUCUGAGGCACGAGGACGAAGGUAAAGAUGUGAAUAUUUAUAGAUGUGAAAUUUUAUGCAAGAACAAAUGUAGGCAUUUGGAGAUGUGAAAGAGAGAUGGCGGGCCAUGCUUUUACUUGUUGUUAGGAUAUGGGAGGAGGGAAACGGCGCGUAGACGUGUCGAGAGCAUCGAAGCAUCGAAGCAUGGAUGGAUCUUGUAUUGCUUUUGGUCUCAUGGGUGGACAAUUUGGGAGUAAAGGCGAUUUGUGCGCACAAUGUGUGUUGUUUGUUUUGUUUGGUCAUAUGCUACAUAGUCUUGUUUGACGAAGAUGUAGCUAGCUCGUUUGGCAUAUCGAGAAACUGUUGCAUAG